AUGACUGCCACCAAAAAUAUGACAGUCCACAAGCCAAGCUUCAUCGAUGUUCGAUCAAAGUAUACGGGAAACGCGAUAGGAACGUCCUCUUCUCCUCGGGGAUUUUUCUCGCCUAGACUACAUGUUGUAGGAGAUAUAACGCCGGAGCUAUCUCCACUCGAUGCAUUCGCAGCACAAAGUCGAAAGCUGGCACGACAAUUAGAAGAAAGUAGCCAAAGCGGAAACCGUGUGAGUCGCCUGCCUCACCUCACGUUUACCAACUCCCUCCAAAAUGGGCAACCUGAGUAUUUUGGUUCCCGAUCUGUAGAAUUACCUCCUGCAAGUCCGCCACUUUCAGGGCAAAGGAUAGAUGUAGAUUGUAAAAGUCCUCGACCUACCUCUAUACAUCCUGCAGUCUGUGAUCAGGAUGAAAUCAGCGAUACUGCUCCACCUAUCCUAGCAAGUGAUAACGAAGUAAAUACCGAAGGAUCAUCUAGCAAUAAGAAUCAAGCAGGCUAUUUUGAUAUUAUGAACAAAAAACCGGCGUCCAUGAGCAUUCCAGGAUGUCUUUUAGUCCAACGUCCAAGUUCUCAGGCGAGAUACCAACCUAGUGUCGAACAACUCCACCAAUGUGCCAAUUCAUCACAAGUAGAGAAAUCUGGCGCAGAAUCCCAUAAUUCAAAGGAUUUGGCACCCCCUCAGUCACUAUUUGCGCAACGAAUGUCAGGUUAUCGCUCAAAUUCUACCGAAAGCUCCGACGAUGACUGCAUUGCCUCGAAAAAACAAUCCUUAUUACUGGAAAGCCACACAACUCUAUCUAGACCAAGUGCUAGUCUAACGUCUUCGUGUUUAAAUUUGACCGGGAGGGUAUCUCCUAAUGGGUCAGAUUCUUGUCUCUGUUCCUCUCGUCUUUCAAAGCCGCCAACGCUAAAUUUCUCCCGACCUAUAAGUCGUGCCAGUACGAUUUCUCCGUCUUUAGAGCUCUCACUAAGGCAGGCUUCCUCAGAAAGCUCGCAAUCAUUCUCUGUCCCGUCGACUGACAUCGGAACUAAAUCCACAAGUGCGUGUAAUGAGGCCUUGCUAGAUCCUAACACAGAUAAUUGUCUAUCAGCGACGUAUUUGUACUCCAAAUUUGCUCUGCCGAGGGGAAAAACACUGCAGAGAAAUUCGGUGGUCUUUGAUAGUAUAUCAAGCGAACAAACUACUUCUGAAGUAACAAAUAUCGAUAGACCCACGACUCCGUCACCACCAACUCGGAAGUCGACAUCUUCUCUGAGGCCAGAGAGUCCUCCAUCUUGUGGGCUCUCAUCGCCGUCUCUCGAUGCAAUCAGGCCGUCUACUAGUUCAAGUGCUUCAAGUAGGCCUUCUUUAGAAGCAGUCAAAACUUCUCCUAGCAGGAAAAUAACCUUUGCAGAGAAAUCACCAGCUCUAUCACAGACCUAUACACUACCAACGAAUUCUCCUUCAAGCAUUCAAACUAAAUCCCAAAUCCUAGUCCCCUCGAUCGAAUCAACCGCUCAGGAACAUGUGGAGAAAGCUAUCCGAUAUCACAAAGCUGACAUGCUGAACAAGUCUACGUACCAUCUACGGCUAGCUGCCCGAAUGAAUCAUCCAACAGGAAUGUUACUUUACGCAUUGGCAUGUCGACACGGAUGGGGAAUGCGACCAAACCAACGUGAAGGAGUAGCGUGGCUCCGGAAAGCUGCAGAUGAAGUCGGGCUUGAAGUCGCCGAUGACGAAAACUUGAUGCAGGCUGGAAAAGUAGUCGACAUAUCGGAUUUGAAAACAAAAAAGGCACAAUUCGCUCUAAGCAUUUAUGAACUUGGAGUUAGCCAUAUGAACGGCUGGGGAAUCGUACAAGAUAAAGCACUAGCACUUCGGUGCUUCGAGAUUGCCGGUUCUUGGGGUGAUGCUGACGCAAUGGCAGAAGCAGGUUUCUGCUACGCCCAGGGGGUCGGUUGUAAGAAGGACUUAAAAAGGAGUGCCAAAUUCUACAGACAAGCCGAGGCAAAGGGAAUUAAUAUGAUUGGAAACUCCUGGAUAUACAAGGCAAAAUAUAAUGAAGAAUCUGGUGGAGAAGAUAAUUCCCAGGGACGGGAUAGAAGUGAUACAAACUCUUCAAAAGAUACAACGAAAUCAGCCGGCAAGCGUAAUAAAAGUCGUACUAGAGGAAUCUUUAGCAGGUCCAAAGGGACACCGGCCUAG